AUGCCAAUCGAAAAACAUGGCGAAGAAAAGCUUUGCUCAAAGAUAAGAGAGAGAUCAGUUAGGCUCUGGAUAUCUGGGUUUUUCAAAAGGAAGAAGAAGAGAUCACCACAAGAAUCAUCUGAAGAUUCGCGUCUGAUGAGAAGAAGAAACAGAGCCAAUAAUUUGUAUUUGCUUCUAUCUGAGAUCAUGGGGAAACUGAAAUAUUCAUUCAAAAAGGAGAAACCGCAACAUGACAAGAGGUUUUUGGGGAAGAAGAGAAGAUUCCAAAGGAGUUUAUCAACCAAAGAUCAUUUAUUUCUCGAGCGGAUGACUUCAAUGUCGCAGAAGAGGUCUCACCAUGACAACGAGAAACAUCUGCCUGAGAUGCCCAACAAUGGAGAUUUUAAUCAAAACUUGGGAACGAGCAAACAGUUUCAAAGAAGGAUUGUAUCGCUUCCCGAGUAUCUGUCUCCUUUUAGCUGCCCGGGAAUAACAUGGGACCAGAAUUCAACUGAACUUUCGAGAUCUGCAUCAGAUGAUUUCAUCAAGUCUGAAACAUUUUCAGAUGAUUUCAUAACUUGUAUCAAAGAGAUAGAAACUGCAUCAUCAGGUGAAGGUUGUAGCCCCUCCAUAUCCAAAAGCAACCACAUUGUUGAUAUCCUCACCUUUGAGAUAUCACAAACUGAACCUUAUGAUGGAGAGAAAGAGGGUGAGAUCCUAAAAGAGACCUCCCAUGAAGAGAGCUUACCACAAUUGUCUCUUCUCUCUGUGGCCGCACCAUCUCACGAUAUAUCUAAAACCGAGGAAUACAAAUUAGUUCUUGAGCCGCUAUUCAUUGAAUAUGAAAUCAGUCCAGCAAGAGGUGAAGCAAAGAGACAACCUUUGUGUGACAAAUUUCAAGAAAAAAAUCAUCCUAGGGAUGAAAAAGAAACAGUGUUUAAGUACGUAAAAGCGGUGUUGGAUGCAAUAGACUCGAGCUGGGAAGAGAUGUAUCUGAGAACAGAAUUCUCUGACCAGAUUCUUAGUCCGGCUUUGAUCAGCAACAUACCAUUUUAUCCAAGUCAGCUUUGUGUUGACCAUGAGCUCCUCUUUGACUGCAUCAAUGAACUUCUCUUCGAGUUCUGCAGGUUUCCUCAAUGGGCUUCCUUUGUUUUCUCAUUUACUGUUGAGAGCAUCGUUCAUGAGGUUCAAAAAGAGGUUUAUUGUCGUCUCUUUUCAUCGCAAUCUGCUCACUCGCUGGACCAAAUUCUUAGAGAAGACAUGGCUAAACCCAGAAACUGGUUAGACAUUAGAUGUGACCUUGAGUGCAUUGCCUUUGAGACUGGUGAUUUGAUUCUAAAGGAAUUAUUAGAAGAACUCAUGCUUGACUUGUGAAGAUCAGAUGAUCACAAAUCUGUUUCUACAUCCAAAUUUUGGUCAUCUUCUGUAGCAAUAAUCACUAUGGACAUUAGGCAGACAAUUUCUAUA